CUGUGCGAUGAAUCGCAUCACUCCCACCUCGAACCUCACCUGUGCAAAUGGUUGACCUAACGCGGGGAUCUGCAUUUCUUUCCUGUGUGAAUCAUGUAGGGGCCUACUGUAUCGCGAUUAACUCCGACAGUUGCCUAAUUAUGUUUACACGCGAAUAAGUUGUUUGAUAGUUGCAGUCUGACGAGACAGGCAGAGCCAGAGCCAGAGGCAGAGGUAGUACAGUGUGACUGUCACAGUACCGGUACUCAUUCACACACUCCGAUCGCCAGUAACCAGACCGAGGCAUGUUCAGUGGUUUGAGCCGACUAUGGGGAGGGCGGCAACCAGAUAUGACUGCAGACCCUGACGAUGGCACUCUGCCAAAGUUCGAGUACGGCCGGCCCGACUUUGUCGGACUGUCGGAGGAUGAGGUGCAGGUGUCGGCGGACGCCCAGGUGCGGCCGAUCAUGAUCCCUCGCGAUACCUGCCGUCUGCCGUGGAACGCCGGUUACGCAGAGGUCAUAAAUUCGGGGAAGUCGCUUCGAAAUGAGGAUCAGGCGAUAUGCGAAGUGUUCUCAUUGGUUGACCCAGAAGAUGACCCCCUGGUGGCGGGUCACGGCAAUGGGACAGAACCCUAUCAUCCACACGACGACGUCGUGCCGGCAAAGUCACCAAAAACAGCAUUGGUGAGCACGGAUCCGGAGUGCAAGAAGGUUGUGAUAUUCGGCAUCGUGGACGGACACGCUGGAUCGGAGGCAGCGGUCUUCACCUCUAAGCUUCUUCACUACCACAUACAGGAAAAGCUAAGCACAAUGCAGGAGCUGCUGUUCACGAACAAGAAAGACAAGGUCGCGGAAAACGGCUGGCCGGACGGCCAGGUGACGGCUGACUGGAAGGAUGUCCUUCCUGACCAGCUGGUGACAGGAGCACUGGAGGCGGCAUUCCACACCAUGGAUGCACAGAUCGGGCGUGAGCGUCACAUGUACCAGCUGACGGGCGGCUGCGCCGUCAUCGUCGCGCUUUUCUUCCUCGACCGUCUCUAUGUCGCGAACGCCGGUGACUGCCGGGCCGUCGUCUGCCGGCGGGCGCGGCCGAUGCAACUCUCCACCGACUUCACGCCCAUCACCGAGCGACAGAGGCUGCAGCACCUGGCAUGGCUGCGGCCUCACCUCAUUGGGGAUGAGUUCACGCACCUGGAGUUCCAGCAGCGGCUGACGAGCCUGGACGUGGGUCGGCGCGUGCUCUACAGGGAUGUGGGCAUGAAGGGAUGGGCCUACAAGACCGUCACGCUAGAGGACAUCAAGUUCCCGCUCAUACACGGCGAUGGCAAGCGGGCAAAGUUGAUGGCGACCAUCGGGGUGACGCGGGGAUUCGGCGACCACGACCUAAGGGUCUAUAACACGGAGCUAUACGUGAAGCCAUUCCUAUCUCCUAAUCCAGAGGUGCGGGCGUACGACCUUGCCUCCCAGAUGCAUGAUGCAGACGACGUGCUCAUACUGGCUUCUGACGGCCUGUGGGACGUCAUAUCAAACGAGAAGGCUUGUGAGCUGGUUAGCUCGUCUCUCUCUCAGUUCGCUCCCGACGACAUGGCAAGAUAUACGUCCGCCGCUCAAGAGUUGGUGAUGUAUGCGCGCGGAAUCCUCGAGCCCAAGGUCGGCUGGCGGACCGUCGACGAGACGCCGUCGUCGAGCGAUGACAUCAGUGCCUUCGUCAUCCCGCUCUGUUGCUAUGGCAGCAACGCGCAGAUGCCCAUGUCGCCGAAACUGACCGUCGGCCGGCCGGCCGACUGGUCGGAUGAUGCGAAUUCCGCGCCGGCCGAACAACCGGACGACGUUGAUUCGGACUCAGCGAAGCAGGAGGUUGGCGGUCAAGCGGGUGACCGGCCGGAUGGGGAAGCGAGCGGGCAGCAGCAGCAGCAGCAGCAAUAAGAGAGAAGUGCCGUCACUGUAUGGAGCAUUGGUCAAGCGUGAGGGUCUUGGCUCUGGACUGUGAUAGCUACGUACGUUCCUUCCUUCCUUGCAAGCUAGAUGGGCACAAUCUCACUAAUGCUCCUUCAGGGCUCGAAGGUCAUGACCUUGGGCUGCAGGCCUUCAUGCGAAACACGGUGGCAGUCUAUGAAAAGCACGUAUAAAAGUUACGGGGGAUUUUUUGCCUGGACGUGGGACCAAUUUUACAAAAUCACUUGGAGAAAGCGGGUUUCUUUUUUGUAAACUAAUGAUAGAUUUUUACUAAUGAUUCUCUUGUGACCAAUUUUUUGAAUUCCCAGUGGCUGGUGCUAAUAUCUCAUCGAGGCAAUUAACUAAAAAACAUAUAUUAGUGUUAUUUUAUUUAGCGAUAUAUACAGACAGCAGGCUCUGACUAUUAAUUGAUUAUGUUAUAUAUUAGGUUAGAUAUACAUGUAUAAAUAUAUAAAUCACUAAUGAUUAAAUUAUGUUGAUUCAUUUUGUAUAUUUUAUCUCAUCAUUUUAGUCUUUAUACAGCAUGUAUAUUGUCUGUAAUCAACUAGAAUCAUUCUGUAUGGGAUCAUAAUUACGUAAAAUCGUCGUGAUUUUACUGAGUAUAUUUUAACACGGUCAAAUAGACACAUAGACGUGGGCACUACAGUGGUUGUGGUGAAAACCGAUUUAUUAUUUUUUUACGUAUAGCGAUUAACGGAGUGAUAACUGCAAGAUGAGAGCCAGUAUGUCGUCUGCUCUUCCAUGCGUGAUGAGAAGUGUUGUGCUUUACACAUUCCUAGUGUUACAUCUAUAUAAUUAUACAGAGUAAAUAAAAACUAACUUUUGUUUCUUUACACACUCCUGAUAUACGAUAAUAUAAUCAAGUGCCUUUGAUUGAUGUAGUUGUGAGUUUGUCAGACGUUGUUCGGAUGCUAGUGGCUGUGAGUUUUAAGCACAUGCGUUGUGAUGAUAGGUUUGUGAAUGUGCAAUGUCUGUUGAUGUGAGCUGCUGUCCUCAGGGGGCGUUACUGUACAAAGUUUGGGAACAUUUUUAAUUAACAGCCAAUUAUACCGAUUGGAAUCGCAUUGCAAUAUCAAAAUAACAGUUUGGUUUACGAGA